AUGGCCGCCGCCGAUAUUGAGGAGAUUCGUGCCGCGUCUUACGUCGGUUUUGACUCUAUUACGCAGCAGAUUGAGCAUAAGCUGCUCAAGCGCGGUUUCCAGUUCAACGUGAUCGUCGUUGGUCAGACCGGUCUCGGAAAGUCGACGCUCAUCAAUACCAUCUUUGCGUCGCACCUCAUCGACUCCAAGGGCCGCAGGGAGGCGGACGAGCCCGUGCGCCAGACGACUGAGAUCCAGACGGCUUCCCAUGUCAUUGUUGAGAACGGCGUGCGCCUCCGUUUGAACAUUGUUGACACCCCCGGCUACGGCGACCAGGUCAACAACGAGGCUUGCUGGGACCCGAUUGUGAAGUACAUCAAGGACCAGCACAGCGCGUACCUCCGCAAGGAACUCACCGCCAUGCGCGACCGCUACAUCCAGGACACUCGCAUCCACUGCUGCCUCUACUUCAUUAACCCUACCGGCCACUCACUUCGCGCCAUUGACGUUAUCGUCAUGAAGAAGCUCUCUGAGGUCGUCAACGUUGUUCCCGUUAUUGCCAAGGCGGACAGCUUGACGCUUGAGGAGCGCGACGCGUUCAAGCAGAAGAUUCGUGCGGAGCUUUUCCACCAUAGCAUCCGCCUGUACCCCUUUGACACGGAUGAGAACGAUGAGGAGGAGGUCGCGCUCAACGAGUCCAUCCGCGAUAUGAUCCCCUUCGCAGUCGUCGGCUCGGAGAAGAGCGUGAUGAUUGACGGAAAGUCCGUGCGUGCGCGUAAGAACCGCUGGGGCGUUGUUAACGUUGAGGACGAGACCCACUGCGAGUUCGUCUCCCUGCGUAACUUCCUUACCCGCACGCACUUGCAGGACCUCAUCGAGACGACUGCCCAGAUCCACUACGAGGCGUUCCGCUCAAAACAACUGCUCGCGCUCAAGGAGAACGCACGGCCGAACCAGACCCCGGCGUAG